AUGAUACCACUUCAUAAACUACAUACCACCAAUAUAAAGGUGUUUGGACAUUUAUUUCAUGAAAAGCUUCGCAAUGAACAUGGUAACAAGGACUUUGAGAAUGUCUGUUGUGCUGCUCAUGUGUUGAACCUUGUGGUUUCUGUGGACCUUAAAAAGGUCUUUCAAGCAAAUGGAAGGCCUUUUCCGUACCUGAUUUGGACAUAUUGA